AUGGCUGGCGGUGGAGUUGCUGUUACCACGACGCGUCGAAAGGCGCUUGCUGGUAAAUCUGGUUGGGCUGGCUUGGUCCAUAACAGAAAAGUCUUUGCUAUUGCGGUGUUUGCCUCUCUUGGAGGAUUGCUCUAUGGUUACAAUCAGGGUGUCUUCUCUGGUGUUUUGGCGAUGCAUUCGUUCAAGACCAGGUUUUCAGAUACAGUCGAUGAUCCUGGACUCAAAGGCUGGCUAGUCGCCAUCCUCGAACUCGGCGCUUGGUUUGGUGUCCUAGUCACUGGUUAUCUUGCGGAUAAGCUCUCCCGAAAGUAUACCAUCGUACUGGCUGUCGUCGUGUUCCUUAUCGGUGUCGUGAUUCAAACUGCCGCAUUCACCAUUGCGCCUAUCUUCGGAGGUCGGUUCGUAACUGGUCUAGGUAUCGGCUCGCUCAGCAUGAUUGUACCAUUGUACAACGCCGAGAUCGCGCCUCCGGAAGUUCGAGGGAGUUUAGUCGCCCUGCAGCAACUCGCCAUUACGUUUGGUAUCAUGGUCUCUUUCUGGAUCGAUUACGGCACGAAUUAUAUCGGAGGUACUGGCGAAGGCCAACUUGAAGCUGCAUGGCGGAUUCCGCUUGGGCUCCAACUGGCUCCUGCCGUUAUCCUGGGAGUUGGAAUUUUGUUUAUGCCUUUCUCGCCUAGGUGGCUUGUCAAUCAGGGUCGAGAUGACGAGGCUUUGACUGUGUUGAGUAAUGCUCGGGGUCUACCUCCUGACCAUGAGUUGGUGCAAAUUGAGUUUCUGGAGAUUCGAGCUCAGUACUUGUUCGAAAAGGAGACACAAGAGUUGAAGUUCCCUCAGUACCAGGAUGGCACGUUUGCAUCUGGAUUCAAGUUGGGUUUCUUCGAUUAUGUUUCCCUUUUGCGAUCCAAGACUCUCCUGCGACGAGUCAUCGCUGGGUCAUUCACCAUGUUCUUCCAACAAUGGACUGGCAUUAAUGCCAUCCUCUACUAUGCCCCUGCGAUCUUCCAGGCCCUUGGUCUGACAGGCAAUACCAUCUCCCUCCUCGCCACUGGUGUGGUUGGAAUUGUCAUGUUCAUCGCUACUAUUCCCGCAGUCCUAUGGGUCGAUCAACUUGGCCGAAAACCUGUCUUGAUUUCUGGUGCCUUCCUCAUGGCUGCGUGCGUCCUGCCACCUGAUCGUCGCCAUUCUCAGCGGGCUGUUCUAUACUUCCUGGGACACGUAAGUGUAGCGCAUAUUGCCGCGGGAUGGGCUGCCUGCGUGCUUGUCUGGAUCUUUGCGAUCGGGUUCGGCUAUAGCUGGGGCCCCUGUGCGUGGAUUUUGGUUGCAGAGAUCUGGCCCCUCAGCGUUCGAGGAAAAGGGCUGUCGAUCGCGGCCUCAUCCAAUUGGAUGAACAACUUUAUUGUCGGUCAGGUUACCCCUACCAUGCUGGAACACCUCCGAUUUGGAACCUUUAUCUUCUUUGGCGCAUUCUCCUUGCUCGGCGGCCUAUUCAUUUGGUUUUUCGUUCCUGAAACCAAAGGCAAGUUCCAGCGCCGACUUACACUGGAAGAGAUGGACGACGUGUUCGGUGCGACGGAAGGACUAGCUGCGGCCGAUCAGAUACGUCACGAUGCUAUCUUGCGACGGCUUGGCCUCAUCCACGAUUCUGCUGCCGGGAGCGAGAAGCACGACGAGGAAGUUGGUUCCGUUGUGCGUGAGGAGAAUGGAAAGGAUUGA